GCGCUCCGUGGCUGGUCGGUGGCGGAGGGGGCGGGCUCGGGCCUGGGCCUGGGCCGUAGCGGCCGGCGACAGCGGCGGGCCGGGGGGCGGGGAGCUGAGGAGCCGGCGAGUGUCGGGGGCGCCGCAGGGGAAGAGCCGCCACCCGGUGAUCGCAGCGCUCGCCUGUCCCCACCAUGUCGGACUUCGACAGCAACCCCUUCGCCGACCCGGACCUCAGCAACCCCUUCAAGGAUCCUUCUGUUACACAAGUGACAAGAAAUGUUCCUCCAGGGCUAGAUGAGUACAAUCCUUUCUCUGAUUCAAGAACACCUCCUCCAGGAAAUGUGAAAAUGCCUAAUGUACCCAGUACCCAGCCAGCAAUAAUGAAACCAACAGAAGAACCAGCUGCUUACACACAAAUUGCAAAGGAGCAUGCCUUGGCCCAGGCAGAACUGCUAAAGCGUCAAGAAGAACUGGAAAGAAAAGCAGCCGAACUAGAUCGCAGAGAAAGAGAAAUGCAGAGUCUAAAUCAGCAGGGGGGUAGAAAAAAUAACUGGCCACCUCUUCCUGAGAAUUUUCCAGUAGGUCCUUGUUUCUACCAGGACUUUUCUGUAGACAUUCCUGUAGAAUUCCAGAAGACAGUAAAGAUUAUGUACUAUUUGUGGAUGUUCCAUACAGUGACACUGUUUCUUAAUAUCUUUGGAUGUUUGGCCUGGUUUUACGUUGAUGCUACGCGAGGGGUUGACUUUGGAUUGAGUAUUCUCUGGUUCUUGCUUUUCACCCCUUGUUCUUUUGUCUGCUGGUACAGACCACUUUAUGGAGCUUUCAGGAGUGACAGUUCAUUCAGAUUCUUUGUGUUCUUCUUUGUAUAUAUCUGUCAGUUUGCUGUACAUGUACUUCAGGCUGCAGGAUUUCAAAGAUGGGGAAACUGUGGGUGGAUUUCAUCUCUUACUGGUCUUAAUAAGAGUAUUCCUGUUGGCAUUAUGAUGAUAAUCAUAGCUGCACUUUUCACAGCAUCUGCUGUUAUCUCAUUAGUUAUGUUUAAAAAGGUGCAUGGUCUCUACCGCACAACUGGUGCUAGUUUUGAGAAAGCACAGCAGGAAUUUGCAACAGGAGUGAUGUCCAACAAAACUGUACAAACUGCUGCAGCCAGCGCCGCAUCAACAGCAGCAACCAGCGCAGCUCAAAACGCGUUCAAGGGUAACAGAAUGUAGGGAAGCAAGAAGUCAUCACGGUUCUCUUCAAUUGUACUCUGUUUUCCAGUCACUUACUGUAUUUCCUAAAAGCCUAGAUCAAAAUUCACACAGCAUGUUUAUGUCUCCUGCAGCUGUGCAUGGGUAAAAUGGGAAAUGUUUGGUUUAUUUUAUUAUAAAUUAAUUUUAAAAAGGUAACUGUUUUUUGCCCUUCUUUAAGAUGUUGCAUUCUAGAAUAUAAAGCCUUCCAUAUUUUAUGAAGGAUAAGUAAUUUCAACAACUGGCCUGAGAAUGAAUUGUGGUUUGUAACGAUCAAAGAAGUGUGUUAAAAAUUUCAAAGUUUUUUUAGUGGUUCACUCCAGUACUUUUUUUAACUUCAGAAAAGCACCUUGGAUCAACUGUUUUUCUUCGUAAGAACUGUUUUCCCUAUUUCUGCUACAAGAAGUGGGGUAGACAGAGAUGUAGAAAGUUAGGUUUGGCUACUGCUUUUGCAAUUUGAGCAGCCGCUGGAGGACAAAUACAAGUAGGGUAGAUACUAUAAAUUCUUUUCUUGUUUUUUUUGUUUUUUUUUUAGGAUAAGUCUUUUGAUAUAAACCUGUAAGUUUGCAUGAAUACUGUUGAGUUAUCUGAUCUUGUUUAAAUAGUGUUUUGGUCCAGAAUUUACCUGCACCACUUUAUAGUGUUUGUUUGUAUUUAUUUUCAUGGAGUGUUCUCUACCUGUGAGAAAUUACUAUGGUGCAUAGACAUUCUCUGUGAAUAGAAUGUGUAAUGCAGUAUACAGUUUAAGGAAGGUAACUGAUAAUUUCAAUCACAGAGCUAAAUGAUUAUAUAUUUGCAUUUUUUAAUUUCAUUAUCCAUGUUUUGGGUUAAUUACUUUGCUGGAAAAGAAACCAAGAUGGAUUUCUAGAACACUAGUUUCUUGACCACCAUCCCUCUUCUACGUGCAGUGGUAUUUUUGUUGUAUUUGAGACUUUCUGGGGUUUGGGUUUGGGUUUGGUUUUUUUCUUUUUUUAAGUGUAGAUUUGUGUUUUAACAGUGGUAAUAAAUCUCUAGUGUGGUCAGUCACUCUUGUUUACUGCUUGUCCAAAACCCUAAGUAUACAGUAUUUAAUUUUCUAACAGGAAUAUUGUCCAAACUGAAGCUUUUUAAGCAAUGGCAUUUAACAGAUACUUGAAUUCAUUUUAAGAUUAACUCAGCCAUCUUUGUAAUGUGAUUUAAGCUGGGUGGAAAAAGCUUUUAAACUGUUUUGAGUUGGAAAACUGAGAAAUCUUCAACAAAGUUAAAAUUUAACUCAUUGAACUGGAGGCCUAAGAGGUUAAAUUGAUGCUGCGGAACUGAACAAUCCACAAUGGUACAUACCAUCAUAAUAUUCUACAAUAUAAUCAGGUCUUAGUAUAAUGUCAUGUUUCUCUCCUCCUUGAAUUGCCUCAUGACUCUUAUGCACAAUACUUGGGUUGUUUUUUCAAACUCUGUUAUAGAAAAUGAAAGCAGGAUGACCACAUCCCACAGCCUGUGUAAGUAUACACUGUGGCUGAAAUGAAUUCAGCUUUUAAGGUGAAUCACCUUUAGUAAGAUAGCAUAAAAUUGGGAGGCCCCUCCAUGUUCUGGCUGUCCAUGUGGACUGACUUUCAUAGAUGCAUUUUCACUACACUGAGAGCAUUACAGAAAAUAAACCCCUUAGCUUAAUCCGUGGAUCAUUUACUGUAUUGUUAGCAUAAAGUCCCCAUUAGUCUCCCUUCUUUCACUGAUUUCUUUAAAUCCGCCUUGAAUUUGGAUAAAUGUCAUAGUUUCACCUAUGCUGAAGUUCAUAUGAAUGGAUAUACUUGCUUCUAAAUGUUCUCUGCAUCAUGAAGUUAAAAGCAAUUUAAAUAUUCUGUGUAAUAGGGGCUCUAAAAUUUCAUAUUAGUGGACAUGCUAGCAUUGAACUUAAAUUUGUGUGAAAUGUUAUUAAAAUCUUUCCAGAUAAAAGCCACCAUUUUCUGUUGAGAUCAGGCAUCAUCCUUGUAGCAGCUGUGUAUCAAUAUUGUUUUUUCAUAAUCUUUUAAACUUAAUGUUAGGGUUGUAUCUAGGAACUCUACUAUGGAAUACUUUUAGAUCUAAAUUUAAGCAAUUCUCUUGGUAUCUCUUGGAUAGGAAUUGCAGGGAUAUCAUCCUUGCAAUUUAACUUAAUUUGAAGAUUGCGUUAUAACAUACAUUACUAGAAUGUAUUAUGGAAAAAAACCAUGAAGAAUACAACCUGAAUUUGGCAGGUAGACAUUUCUUCCCUGAAUGUUUAAAGGCUCUUUGAGAAACCAUAUUUAAUGUUCUGUGUAUAGGGAGCGUUUGUUUGUAAUGUCAUGGGUUGAAUGUACAGAUCUAAACCUCCCAAGUGAAAUUCAGGCUUCAGCUACAUGUGAACUGUUUAAACCAGAAAUCUCUGACACUUUGCAGCUCAAAAGGAAGAAGUUUGAGUUUAGCUUUGAUGGCAGAAGGCUGAUACUUGUUAAAAUAUUUUGUACCUAAUAAAACCUAGAUUUUACAGUCUCUUAUUAAUUAGACAAUGGCACCCACCUAAGUUGUCAUUUUCUAGUAUUGUGGCAAACUGAGUACAAAGUAUGAAGUUCAAACACUGGAAUGUCAGUAGUCAUUGAUCUGUAAUUUAUUUGGGGGAUGUUUGUAUAUUUUGUAAAUUACUAACAAUGCUCUGCCAUCCUGGUGAAUGUCAUGGUUCUGUACAAAUGCACUUCUGUCCCUCUGUUGCAUGUCUGAGUAGUUCAGAAGUUUUGUAUAUUUAUUGUAUUAACACAGUGUCAUAGAAUAAAAAAAGACUUUUUUCCUGGGUGUUUGCUCUGUAUAGUUUUGACCAAUAAAGGUUUUUUUCUUCUAGCAGUGAAGAUGACAUGCAGGGUGGACAAUAUAUGUAAAAGUAUCACUUGUUUUUUAUAAUUGUGUAUAUAAAUGCUGUAAUUCAGCUGAAAUGGGGAAGCGAAAUGUCCAGUAUCAAAAUAAUACAUCAGGGUUUUGAGAAUUAGUCCACUCAACUGUUAUCAAAGAAAAUUCUUAAACACUUGCAGCCCACUUUAUUGUGCUGUGAACUCACGAGGGUUAAAAUCUAAACGUGUUCUGUCAUUACUGAAUGAAAUUCUACUGGUAUUAAGAGAAUCCUAAAAUGCUAUUGAAAGUAAAGUGAAGUUGCUGAAAACA